AUGGCAGACAACCCCUCCGAUCUAAGCCAUCUCUUUUUUAACUUUUGUUACCAUUUCGCUCCCCCAAACUCAUUUCCUUUUGGCAGUGCUUUACUCUCUUUGUGUGUGUUUCUCUCUCCUUCUCCCUCUCUCUCCUUCUCUUUCCUUCUCUCCUCUCUCUCUCUCUCUCAUGCUCUCUCCUUCUCUCUCUCUCUUUCUCUCUCCUUCUCUCUCUCAUUCUCUCUCUUCUUUUCUCUCCUUCUCUCUCUCCUUCUCUCGCCUCUCUCUCUCCUUCUCUCUCCUCCCUCUCUCCUUCUCUCUCUCCUUCUCUCUCUUCUUCUCUCUUCUCUCUCUCCUUCUCUCUCCUUCUCUCUCCUUCUCUCUCUCCUUCUCUCUCCUCCCUCUCUCCUUCUCUCUCUCAUUCUCUCUCUCUUCUCUCUCCUUCUCUCUCUCCUUCUCUCGCCUCUCUCUCUCUCUUCUUCUCUCUCUCCUUCUCUCUCUUCUUCUCUCUCCUUCUCUCUCCUCCCCUCUCUCCUUCUCUCUCUCUUCUUCUCUCUCCUUCUCUCUCCUUCUCUCUCCUUCUCUCUCCUCUCUCUCUUCUUCUCUCUCUCUCUCUCCUCUCUCUCCGUCCGUCUCUCCUUCUCUCUCUCCUUCUUUCUCCUUCUCUCUCUUCUUCUUUCUCCUUCUCUCUCCUUCUCUCUCACCUUCUCUCUCCUCUACCUCUUCUUCUCCCUCUCCUUCUCUCUCUCCUUCUCUCUCUCUCAUUCCAUUUCUCUUCAUCUUUGA